UCCUGGUUGUAGAAUCUUGGUCACUUACUAUUUGUUCCAAACCUUUUUGUCAUCAUCUGUAAAAUGAGAAUGGUAAUAUUAGUGUGCACUGUUUGUGGGAGGAGGACUGGCAAGAAUAUGAGAGUAGGAGUUUGGGCUCUUGAGCUUUGGGCCUGGCCUUCAAAUUUCCACUCUUUCACUCACUAGCUAAGGGGCCUUGGGCAAGUACCUUAUUGUGACUGUGCCUGUUUCCUCAAAGAGAGUCACGGUAAUGUAGUACUCAACCGAUAGGACUGAAGUGACUAUUGCAUGAAUCAGUAUUUGCAAAGAAUUCAGAAUAGUUCCUGGCACACAGCACUAUGAUAGCAUUAGCUAGUAUUAUUAUUCCCUACAUUGCUGUUGAGCAUUUGUCCUAGUGCUUGGCACAUAGUAACUGCUCAAUAAAUACUACUUUAUAUCAUUAAAAUAUUAGAGGCUGCCCAGCCAUUUCCUGAGACAUCUACUACAAAAGAAUUGUGCAUGGUUUGAUUUUGUUUUUCACAUGAUUUGGAUGAUACAGGAAGAGGGACUGGGAGUCGUUUGUUCCCCUGCAGGUAGCCCAGCUUCAGUAGAAGGAGAGGAAGCUGGCCCUGAGGUCUGGGUUAUCAUCCCCAUUCUCAUAGCACUUUGUUCUGUUUGCCCAGGCCCAUUGCUGGAAGACUGGGACAUUAUCAGCCCCAAAGAUGUCAUUGGCUCCGACGUGUUGCUGGCUGAGAAACGGUCAUCACUGACGACUGCUGCCCUGCCCUUUACACAGUCCAUCCUCACUCAGGUGGGCCGUACCUUGUCUAAGGUCCAACAAGUGCUGAGCUGGUCGUACGGGGAAGAUGUCAAGCCCUUCAAGCCACCCCUGAGCGAUGCUGAGUUUCACACGUACCUGAACCACGAGGGCCAACUCUCCCGACCCGAGGAAUUGCGCCUGCGGAUCUAUCAUGGCGGUGUGGAGCCCUCGCUGCGAAAGGUGGUGUGGCGGUACCUGCUGAACGUGUAUCCAGAUGGACUGACAGGCCGAGAGCGGAUGGACUACAUGAAACGCAAGAGCCGCGAGUAUGAGCAGCUCAAGAGCGAGUGGGCCCAGCGAGCGAGCCCUGAGGAUCUGGAGUUCAUCCGCAGCACAGUCCUCAAGGAUGUACUGCGCACUGACCGGGCCCACCCUUACUAUGCGGGGCCUGAGGAUGGCCCACAUCUACGGGCGCUGCACGACCUGCUCACCACCUAUGCCGUUACCCACCCACAGGUGUCCUACUGCCAGGGCAUGAGUGACCUUGCCUCACCCAUCCUUGCCGUCAUGGACCAUGAGGGCCAUGCCUUUGUUUGCUUUUGUGGCAUCAUGAAACGCCUGGCCGCCAACUUCCACCCUGACGGCCGCGCCAUGGCCACCAAGUUUGCACACUUGAAGCUGUUGCUGCGACACGCUGACCCUGACUUUUACCAAUACCUGCAAGAGGCAGGCGCUGAUGACCUCUUCUUCUGUUACCGCUGGCUGCUGCUGGAGCUCAAGCGUGAGUUUGCCUUUGAUGACGCCCUCCGCAUGCUUGAGGUCACCUGGAGUUCGCUGCCCCCUGAUCCUCCUGAACAUGAGGUAGAGCUGGUUGGACCCCCCAGCCAAGUGGCAGACACUGGUUUUGGUGGCCACAGGGGGUGGCCCGUGCGACAGAGGCACAUGCUGAGGCCUGCUGGUGGAGGAGGUAGUACCUUUGAAGAUGCUGUUGACCACCUGGCCACAGCCAGUCAGGGGCCUGGUGGUGGGGGGCGUCUCCUGAGACAGGCCAGCUUGGAUGGCCUCCAGCAACUCAGGGAUAACAUGGGCUCCAGGAGGGACCCUCUGGUCCAGCUGCCCCACCCAGCUGCCCUUAUCAGCUCCAAGUCCCUCUCCGAGCCUUUAUUGAACUCCUCAGACCCACUGCUCUCCUCCUUUUCCCACCCUGAUUCCCCAUCUUCCUCAUCUCCACCAUCCACCCAGGAGCCCUCUCCCACUGGUGAUAUGGCUGUAGGAUCCCCCUUGAUGCGAGAGGUAGGCUCCCCCAAAGACCCUGGAAAGUCCCUGCCACCUGUACCACCAAUGGGCCUGCCCCCACCCCAGGAGUUUGGCCGGGGGAACCCAUUCAUGCUGUUCCUCUGCCUGGCCAUCCUGCUGGAGCACCGCGACCACAUCAUGCGCAAUGGGCUGGAUUAUAACGAGCUGGCCAUGCACUUUGACCGCCUCGUGCGAAAACACCACCUGGGGCGCGUCCUGCGCCGGGCCAGGGCUCUCUUUGCUGAUUACCUGCAGUCAGAGGUGUGGGACUCGGAGGAGGGGGCUGAGGCCACAGCCACAUCUUGAUCAGGCUUUCUCCAGCCCUCCGUUAGCUCCACUACAUCUCCAUUCUUUGCCAUGAGGGCCAACACAUGAGACCCCACCUCCCUCCCUGCCUGCCAGCCCUAGACCUGUUGGAGCAUAGAUCCCUUUCUCCCCAGGUCUAAGUAUGUGGGGCUCUGCUUAGGCACUGCCCCACAGAGGCCACGCCUCUUUAUUCUGUUUCUGUUGUUUUGUUUUUAACAACUAUACUUUGCACACAUGAAGGUCACUGUGGUUUGUGUGUUUCUCUGCCUCCUCCCUGGGUUUUGCUGUAGAUGGGAGUCCUCAGGGGCCCUUUACCUGAUGGAGGGAAAAUAAUUCACUUGGUGGAGAGAGGCUCCAGCUUCCCCCUUGUGAUGGGGAGAGUGGAUGCUGAGAAUCGGUUCCUGAAGGUGAGCCCAGGUGGGGCACUGCUUGAGGAAGGCCUGAGUCUGUUUUUUUGGUACGUCCAUGUGCCUGUAAGUGUCUGUAUUAUGGCUGUGAAUAUAUGUUUUCAGGACAGCGCCCUGGAUGAGAGAUAAGAGAGUUCCUGGCUCAAAAAAGGACAAGAUUAUUUACUGAGAUAGGGAAGUAUGGGCUACUUAGAAACGUUGGACCGCCACCCCUGGCAUUCCACAUGUCACCAUUUCUAAGAUCUUGACCUCUCUGUGAGGUUUAUGCACCAAUGCUGGCAGCCCUGGGCAGGGGCCUCAGCCUCCUUUUUGUUUUCCACUUCAGACAGGUACCAUGCAGAUGUUAACAAGGUUUGAGGGAGGCACGUGUCACACAUGAGCAUGAAAGCCCAAUCAUCACAUUGUUGAAUUACAAAAGGAUCUAGCGCUCCUAUUCUUGUCACUUGCUUUGGAGCCAGUUUGAAGGACUGUGGCCUAGCCCAUGCCUAGGGGCCCUAAACUGGGAUUCCAGCUCACAGCACCUGUCUUAACCAUUUCAGCAAUAGAAACCACUUAUUUACCUUCUCCAUCUCACAAUGGACAAACAUCAAACACUGAUAAAACGCAGGCCAUAAUAGAAUUCACUUCAUUAUUUGGAGGAUAAUGAUCAAAAAAAGGUCCUUUUUCCCACUGACAUGCUCAGAGGAUGGGAUUCUUUCACAGGCCAGGUGCUGUCAUCCACAAAGGAUGGGUGAAAUAACUGGACUUCUCAGGUCACGGUCUAGCCACACCAGCUUCUCCCAAGUACUAACCAGGCUUGACCCUGCUUAGCUUCAGAGGUCAGACAAGAUCUGGCAUGUUCCAGAUGGUAUGGCUGUAAACUGGGCUGGGCUCUGGCCUGAGCUGUUGCACUAGGCAAUGCUGCCAAAGAUGAGGAGGCAUCAGGGCAGUCAUUCCCUCUGCUGUUUGCCCCAAGAAUGCCAUACAAACCUGGGGAUGACCCUUAAAAGGCUCCCGUCACCCCCAGUAUUGGGGGGAAGCUGACUCUUCCUCAGAUGAGAGCCCAGUCCCUUGAAGAGCAGGACAAGACUAUUCUGUGUCUAGGGGGCUCAAGCACUGUGUGUGGGUCUUACGAGUGCAUUUUGUGGAAAUGGGCUCAGACUUCCCAAAGGGCCAAUCAACCUAUGGGAGUGUCUGGCCUUCUGAGGUCCUGAAAUGUCUCUCUUGUCAGUAAACAGCUCAUACCCUC